UGUAACUUCCUCCCAUUCUUACUCGUCUGAACCAAAUACACCUUUCAAACCAACUCCAGAGCUCCCCCUACCCCGGUAUCUACCCUCAACACGCAGAUAGUCUAUGAUGAUUCCACGAAGCCAUUUCCAUUCACCAUGAACAACACAAUUAGCCCAUCAAACACAUUCAAAUCCACACACUACACGCUCUUUUUCACUCCAAUUUUCACAUUUUUUUGGCAAGUUCAAGGUUUCUUCUGAACAAUAAUUAGUCGAUCGAUCGUUUAAUUGAGAGAUAAUUUCUUGUUAUUAUGGUUAAGAAGCGGGUACCCGAUUGGCUCAAUAGCUCCCUCUGGUCCUCCCAGGCCCAGCAACCUCAAUCGCCGCCAGGGAGCAACGACUCCGUUGAAUCCCAUGUCCCGGCCGCACGCGGAGCUGCUAAGUCUGCUGUGGUAGAGUCGAUUGUCGAGCCGCCGGUGCCGGUGCCCCCACCGAAUGUAUCGAGACCAGUUGAGCCACCAAGCUCCUCUGUUCAUAGUAGUACUAGUGUGAAAGGGGAAGUUAAAGAUCCGUUGAACAGUCAUAAUGGUAGUAAUUAUGGGAAUACUAAUAACAGCAGUUAUAAUAGCGAGGAGGAAAAUGGGAGUUCUUCUAACAAUUCUACAAUCGCCUCCAUUGCUGCUGUUGGUGCACAUGCGGGUGCGGCAGUAGGGCCUGUUUCUAGUUCUUUGGCUGAGGACAUUUCUUCCCAAGCCCAGCUUUUACAAGAGCUGUCAAGGAAGAUUAUAAAUAUGGGAGAAUUGCGGAGGAUAACAUCACAAGGCAUUCCUGAUGGAGCUGGCAUUCGUGCAACGGUGUGGAAGCUAUUGUUAGGAUAUCUUCCACCCGAUCGCUCGCUUUGGCCUUCAGAGUUGGCCAAGAAGAGGUCUCAGUAUAAGCAUUUCAAAGAGGAGCUAUUGAUGAAUCCUUCAGAUAUUACAAGGCAGAUGGAAAAGUCAAGUCUUCAGAACAGUGAACCAGAUGGAGAAGACAAGGGUUUUCUCUCAAGAUCAGAGAUCACUCAGGGAGAGCAUCCGUUAAGUCUUGGGAAGAGUAGCAUAUGGAAUCAAUUUUUCCAGGACACUGAGAUUAUAGAACAGAUUGACCGAGAUGUCAAGCGCACUCAUCCAGACAUGCACUUUUUCUCAGGGGACUCAGCUUUUGCAAAAUCCAACCAAGAGGCUUUGAAGAACAUAUUGAUUGUAUUUGCGAAGUUGAAUCCUGGUAUAAGAUAUGUGCAAGGGAUGAAUGAAAUUUUGGCGCCAUUAUUCUAUGUGUUCAAAAAUGACCCAACUGAGGAAAAUGCUGUAAGUAACGUUUCAUGGUCUACCUAUACUAUAUCUACAUUGAAAACCUACAACCUUAUGAUUCAGAAAAACAUUACACUUUGUAUGUCAGCUUUCCAGCUUAUUUUCUUGGAAGCUUUCUCAAUGUUUUUAAUCGACAAUGUUCCCUGUCCAUUUUCUGCUGCUUUAGAGUGGUCCUUUGAGUUGGACUUGGAGGAAAUCAAGGUGGUCAUUUUGAGAGUGGAACAGAGAAUCUUCAGGGAUUUUGAUGAAGAACUAAAAGGUGAAUCAGUCAAUCCCCAGUUUUAUGCAUUCAGGUGGAUUACACUCCUUUUGACACAAGAAUUCAAUUUUGCAGACAGUCUCCUAAUAUGGGACACACUCUUGAGUGACCCUGAUGGUCCUCAAGAGACACUGCUCAGAAUUUGUUGCGCCAUGUUGGUUAUCGUGCGGAGGCGGUUACUUGCAGGCGACUUUACGUCUAAUCUUAAGUUACUCCAACACUAUCCAUCGACAAAUAUAAGCCAUCUGCUCUAUGUUGCCGAGAAGUUGCGUACUCACAGCGCAGGCUAAGUUUUUGAAUCACAGAUUUUCUAGUAUUGUUUCAUUGUCAUCGUUUAAAAUGGUACUACUUGUAAAAUUUUCGGGAUGUAAAUUUAAUGCGAGUCGUUCUUAGAUAUCGUUUUCGGGUUAAUACUUUCGACCUGUGGCCAGGUUGUGUAUUGUAGAUUUUUGAACAUUUUGAGAUUCAGACAUGAUAGCUGAUUGUUGUGGUUUUUGUUGGAAUCGUUUUGCUUCCUUUCA